AUGGGUCUCUGUGAGCCCAAGGGAAAGCCGGGUCUUAAACCCUCCUUUCCCAGCCAUUCCCCAGCCUCUGCCUGCAGGGCGCCGUGGGAUGCCCUGGCUCCCUCCUGGCAGGUGCUGGCUGCCUCGGUUUCCUCCUCAGGAGCCCCAGCACACUCCCGAGCUGUCCCCUCCUCUCUGACCAGUGCUCUUCCUUCCUUUGCCUCUUGCAGAGAUUUUGAUUCACUUUCCAAGGACAAUGUCUUUGAGAAUAACCGUUUGGCCUUCGAAGUGGCUGAAAAGGAGCUGGGCAUCCCUGCUCUCCUGGACCCGAAUGACAUGGUCUCCAUGAGUGUCCCUGAUUGUCUCAGCAUCAUGACCUAUGUGUCUCAGUACUACAACUACUUUGCCAGUCCUGGCCAAGGUGGCAUCUCACCCCCCAGGAAGGACCUGGCACCCUCCCCCCCACCCUCUGCAACACCCACUGUGGCGGAACCAGGAGACAAGGGCCAGGGCAAGGAGCUCCCCCCAGGCAGCCUGUCGGAGCAGGCCCCCCAGCGGGCCCCCAGUAGCACCUGUGCGGCCUGCCAGCAGCACGUGCAUCUGGUGCAGCGGUACCUGGCAGAGGGCAGGCUGUACCAUCGGCAUUGCUUUCGGUGUCGGCGGUGCUCCAGCACCCUGCUGCCCGGGGCUUACCGGAGCGGACCUGAGGAGGGCACCUUUGUGUGUGCAGAGCGCUGUACCAGGCUAGGCCCAGGGGGGUGGCCAGGGACCAGGCCUGGACCCCCCUCACAGCCAAAGCAGCAGCAGCUCCCAGAAGAAGCCAAGCAUGGCGGCGAGGGAGGCUGCCUCAGCCCGAGUGUGGCUGCAGGGCCUGAGGCCGAGGGACCCAAGGCCAGCCCUGAGGCCCGGCCGCAGAUCCCCACCAAGCCCCCAGUUCCCGGCAAACCCCAGGAACUGGCCAGCCCCCCAGCCAGCCGGCCCACGCCUGCGCCCAGGAAGUCCUCUGAGAGCACAGCCUUGACGCCCCCGACGCCCCGGCCCCGGUCCAGCCUGCAGCAGGACAGCCCGGUGGAGCAGGGCGACAGCGGCCUCGUGAAUGGAAGACUGCAGGACCCUCCUGUCCCCAAGCCGAGAGGGACACCCAAACUGAUAGACAGGACGCCAGCCCCCAGGAAGGACCCCCCAUGGAUCACACUGGUUCAGGCAGAGACAAAGAAGAAGCCAGCCCCGCUGCCUCCCAGCAGCAGCCCUGGGCCACCAAGCCUGGCUCUGGCCAGCAGGCAGGCGGAGAAUGGGGCCAUGGUGGAGGGCCCCGAGCCCAGGCCCUACAACCCCUUUGAGGAGGAUGAAGAAGAGGAGGAGUCACUCCCUGCAGUGCCCAGCCCGGUGCCCGGCCCUGCCCUGGCCCACCCAGAGUCCACACCCAAGUCCCUGCACCCUUGGUAUGGCAUCACCCCCACCAGCAGCCCCAAGACGAAGAAGCGCCCCGCCCCCCGAGUGCCCAGCUCAUCUCCACUCACUCUCCACGCCUCCUGCCUCUCCCGCUCGGAGCCCCCCUCGGCCACGCCGUCGCCGGCCCUCAGUGUGGAGAGCCUGUCCUCCCAGAGCUCAGGCCAGGCUGCCAGCGCCGAGCUCCUGGAGCCGCCCGCCGUGCCCAAGAGCUCCUCGGAGCCUGCUGUCCACGCCCCCGACACCCCCGGCACCCCUGGGAGCUCUGCCAGCCUCUCCGCCGACUCCUCCCUGUCUUCUUCUGGGGAGACGGUGCAGCCCAGCACGGAGCGGACACCACAGGCCAGGACCAGGGGCAGCCCAAGUCCCCUGCCAGCCAAGCCCUGCAGCGGGGCCACCCCCACCCCUCUCUUGCUGGUUGGAGACAGGAGCCCUGCACCUUCCCCGGGAAGCGCGUCCCCACAGCUGCAGGUGAAGUCUUCCUGCAAGGAGAAUCCUUUUAAUCGGAAGCCGUCACCAGCAGCAUCUCCAACAGCAAGGAAGGCCACCAAGGGAUCCAAGCCAGUGAGGCCACCUGCGCCCGGACAUGGCUUCCCGCUCAUCAAACGCAAGGUCCAGGCUGACCAGUACAUCCCGGAGGAGGACAUCUAUGGAGAGAUGGACACCAUUGAGCGCCAGCUGGAUGCUCUGGAACACCGCGGGGUCCUGCUAGAGGAGAAGCUGCGUGGCGGAGUGAAUGAGGGCCGAGAGGACGACAUGCUGGUGGACUGGUUCAAGCUCAUCCACGAGAAGCACCUGCUGGUGCGGCGGGAGUCGGAGCUCAUCUACGUCUUCAAGCAGCAGAACCUGGAGCAGCGCCAGGCGGACGUGGAGUACGAGCUCCGAUGCCUUCUCAACAAGCCGGAGAAGGACUGGACCGAGGAAGAUCGGGGCCGGGAGAAGGUGCUGAUGCAGGAGCUCGUGACCCUCAUCGAGCAGCGCAAUGCCAUUGUCAACUGCUUGGACGAGGACCGGCAGAGAGAAGAAGAGGAAGACAAGAUGUUGGAAGCCAUGAUCAAGAAGAAAGAGUUCCAGAGGGAGGCUGAACCCGAGGGCAAGAAAAAGGGGAAGUUCAAGACCAUGAAGAUGCUGAAGCUGCUGGGAAAUAAGCGUGACACAAAGAGCAAGUCCCCUGGGGACAAGAGCUGACAGUGAGGGAAGCUGCUGGGACUGUCUCCUCCUGGAUCCUCAUGGGCUGGAGGGAGCCCCCUGCUGCCGUGGAUCAGUCAAGGGGGAAGGUGACUCAAGGGGAGGGUGUCUCUGGGUGAGCCUCCCUCACUGAGGUCUCCGUCUGUCUGGGCCAAAGAGUUUCCCUCCCUCUUCUCUGCACUCCAGACAGCUGUGACCCAGCCCUGCCCAGUCAGAUCUGAGGAUUCCAGAUGCUGAGACAGACCCAAAGGCAAGCAGGGCCUCCAGGUGCAGGGAGGGGCAGUGGCCACGCACACCCACCCGCUCGCUCCAUGGUCCCUGCCAUGGCGGGGCAGCUCCUCGGCCUCCCCUCCCUUCUCUGUAGGCGCUGGCCUAGCUCUGCCCCACUAACGGGCCGGAGCGGGACGGGCUGUGCUGGCCGCCUCCUGCCCAGCCUGAGUCUGUCUUUCUGUCCAGUGCAGGUGCCCAGAAUCUCAUGUCACCUUGCUCAGGAGCUCUAUUUAUCAAGUCUGCAGUUAAGUUCAAAUGAGUUCCUGAGUGGUCUGUGCUGGGCAGAUCCCAGCUCCCCUGCCUCCGAGCUGGAGGAGGUUCUCCCUCCCCUCCCCUGUUCUGUGGGAAGACUUACUUCCCAGACGCCACAGUGCCCUGGUGGCCAUGCUGGGGCAGGUGGGUGCUCCUGUUAGCUGCCCCAGUGCCGAGUCCCCUGGGCAUGGCCUCUGGAGGCCACCCAGUCAGAGCUCUGUCCCCGUGCAUCAGCCUAGGGAGGGUGCUCAGGUAGGUGCUGACCUGACCGAGGCUUCCUCCCCACCCAGGGCCUGGGGCCCGCUCCCCUCUGUGGUCAUCACCCAUCCGUCUCCUUUGUUGUCUGUCCUCUCCCCAACUCAUUUCCACUUGAGGACUGAUGGCCACCGGUCCCCUGUGGGUGGGGACAAGUGAUGGGGAUGUCACUUUUGCCCAGGGAAUGUGCCUGGCAGCUCUUGGUCAAAACACUGUGUCAUAAGCUCUGGGGGCCUCCAGGCCCCCUCCUCCAUGCACUUGGGGGACAAGAUCGCACUGUAUUAACUUGGGGACAUUCCUCAACAACAUUCAAUGGGGACAGCCUCAGGCCAUGGCCACAUUUGCCUUCUUGUCUGCCUCUGCCCCACUUCCAUGGCCAGGUAUCUCUGCCUGCCUUGGAGGGUCUGGGACCAUGCUGAGGUUGUCCACUGAGUGGGACCUUGGCCCUCAUCGCCUGUCCCUGGGCAGGAUUCCCUUCCUCUCCACACCUGGGCAGCCUCUGGCAGUCUCUUGCUGAAUGUGCCUGUUGACCUUGGGCCGAGGUCACCACCUUAAGGCCUUUCAGGAACCAGGCAGGUAACACACUUGACCUGGGUCGGGUGUAGACUAGGAGACUCUGCCAGCGUUAGGGCCCCCCACUGUAGUCCACUGUAGCCUGUGGGAAUGAACGUGGACCCAGGGUUGCCAAGUCUUUUCCAUUUUUCAAAAGAAACUGGGGAUACAGAUUUCGUAUGUGUGUGAUUUGUGAACGCCCGGUCUGAACUUGUUGGGCUGGCCUGAAUUUUCCCUGGUUCUCUGUUUUGCUGCCUCUGGGUCAUGUGACGGUGGCCUGUGAGUGGAGGUACUGUCCUACUGCAGCUUCUGCUCUGGGCUCUUGUGGGUGUGGACACAGGCUUCCCAGGAGGGUUCCUGAGCCUGCUCUUGUUGGUUGCUGCACAGCCAAGGUUUAUUGUGCACACAAAACAUGGGUUGUGUGACCUGAUAGGAUUAUGAUUCCUUCGAGGUGUGGGGGACAGCAGGCAGGGUUUUUUUGCGGGGGGGUUAGGAAAAGACAGAACACUAGAGGAGGAGACCUGUGAGUGUCAGGAGCCCAAGGUGUGGGACUAAUAUGCUGUGUUGCCAGGCCAGGGUGUGCUUUCCUGUCAAGUGACUGUUCAGCCACCCUUCAGCCCAGGACCAGCCACAUACAGGAACAGAGCUGAGGCCGUGGGCGCACAAGGAGACAUGGCGUGUGCCAGAGCUGGAACUCCAAAGCCAGGUGCACUGUCAGCGUGGGUCCCUCUCACCCCUGUGUGCUGCUGCUCUGGUCUGUAUUUAGACCUAAAGUAACUUUUAAUCCUGAGAAGGCUGUUCACUAGUUAAAAACGCCCUUGAACCUUAGUUUUCCCAAGGGGUGAUGAAGCCUCACGCCGUCUGUUGAGAUCAUUUACUGAAGUUCACCUGCCAUGGCUACUGGCCAUGGGGUACUCAAGAGUGUCAGUCCCAUUUCCUCUUGAAAUGUGCAAACAGGCAACUAGAAACCGUCCAUGUUGGACAAAGUCUAACUCUGUGCAAAUAAGCGUUAUCCCUGUGAAAACAAGGUGGUACGUGUAAUGACCCACGUUAAAUGUGUUUUAUUGGCCAAUUAAUCACUGUUGUUAAAUAUUUGCCAAGGCUUUAAGUCAUCAAAUAAGUAGAUCCUAAGACAGGCGGGAGGGAAGGCUCGUCUUCAUCCCCAAGUCUAGAAACCACCUGAGCAGGAACAGGAGCUGGAGGUGGUGGGAAGAGAGCCACAGAUGCCCUCAGACGCACUUCCAAGGUGGUGAGACUUGGGCCUUCACUGUUGCUGUGUCUGUCCCCAGAAGACUUGAAGCCCUGUCAUUGGGUGGCUCUGAGACCCCACCCGUGGUCCCCAGCAUCCCUGAGCAGCAUCUGCAGUCUAUGACAGUGCCAUGCUGGGCAGCCAUCUGACAUGAGUGGCUGGCCUGGAUGACAUGGUUGGCACAGGGGCGGGCUGCGGCGUUAGUGAGCUGCGCUGCCGCUCUGACUAAGUGGUGGCAAGAGCCUUCCUAAGUUCCUCACUCCUUCUGCGGUCGAUGUCUUCCAUUUCCCGUAGUUUCUGCAAAGGGCAGCAGGGGAAGUUGGUAUCAGGUUAAGAACUUGAGGAGCAUCAGGAUGAGUUGUGGCUCAACUCCUGAGACUGGGGUUUCUCCUCACUCUGACUCCGCCCUCUGGGCCCGCCCCUGCCCGCUUUCCUGGCUCCUCCUACCUGGGAGAUUUCAGCCAGGAUGAUCCCUUGGUACUUCUUGCCCUGCCCCAGGGCCUCCAUGGCAUCCAGGAAUUCCUUCCUCUCCUGGAUUUCCUUCACAACUAGACAGAGGAGAAGGGGUGUCAGGGCAGGGGGCUCUAUGAAGGGGGUGUAGUGGCGGAGGAGUGGUUCUGCCCCUGCCCCAGUGGCUCACGUUCUUCAAAGCGGUCAGGCUCAGGAGCUGGGUCCUGCUGCGGCACAGGGGCUGCCUUUCUUUUCCAUUCUGCCAGGUCCUUCCCGGUGGCAAAGAUAGUUUGGAGUCUUUGCUUCUCCUUUUCCAGAUCUCCUGUAGGGCCCCCAAAUGGCCAAGUUGAGGCGUAAAGCUCUCUCCGGUUGCAUGUUCAGGUGGGCACGCAUCGAGCUGCAGCCUGUCUGGCAAGGGACAGGUGUGCAGACCCAGCAGCCUCCCUCCUGGGUGCUCCUGAGCUUGUCAAGUUGAGAUAGUCUCCAGAUACGCCCCCACCCCGUCCCCAGAGGAAAGUCCCCAACCAAGGUGGGUGGCUUCAACUCACUGGUGGCUCGAGGCUUGAACUGCUCACGGCUGUAGGCCCCGUUGGCUUGGCACAUGCUGGCAGGCCGGAGGCGAGACCGGGCUGCCAGGGCAGGAGGCAGGUGGGUGGCUGGUGGCAGCUGUUUGGAAGGUGAGCCUUGCUGGCUGGAUGUCGGACUGCACUGUAGGGGCAAAGGGUCUCCUCCUGGGGGUGGAAGGGUCUUGUGGCUUUUUUUUUUCCUUCAUCUUACUAGUCAAAUGGUGCAGCAGAAUCUUCUUAUCCCCACUAAGCCCACCCCUCUACAGUGAGCGGUGGGAACAAUUUGGUGGUCUCUUUGCUUUUUGACGCUUAUAUAAACAUGCUCAAAGAUGUGUGCAUAUAUUUUUCAUGUGCACAUAAGAUUCUUUUUUCAAACACUGGAUCAUAUUGUAUAAUAGUCAAUAACAGUCCCUUUUCACAUAACCAUUUAUUGUGGACAUCUUUCCAGAAAAAUCUGUUUAUAUAUAACUUAUUUUUUAUAGCUAUAUACUAGUCGUUAGAAUGGUUACCUUAUUUAUUCAGUUAGUCUCCUACUUUUGGAAGUUCAACUUGUUUCCAGGUUUUCUGUUGGUUGGUUUUUUACUACUACAAACGAUGCUGCAAUAAACACUCUGUACACUG